AUGAGUGAUCAAAAUCAGAUGCCUAAGAAGCAGGUUUUCAUUCAAUUAGAAGGAAGUGACAAUGAAGAUGAUGAUAAUAACGAGCAAUAGAGUCCUGAUCAAAAUCGUAGAUCAUUUAGCCCUGAUCAAGUUGUGGAUUAACACAGUUAAAAUAAUGAGGAGUAUCAUUAAAAUGAAGUAAAUGAAGAUGAUGCUGAGAUGUUCGAAAGACUUAUGUAGGAGAUCUUGGAGAGACAAGAAGUGAUUAUAAACUAUAUGGGAUCAGACUAGAAUAUGCCCAUAAUAGACUCAAACUAGAAUGUAAAAACUGAAUUUAAAUACCCAUCACCUUACAUCAUAAUUAUUGUGGCUACUUACUUAACAAAUUUCUCUUAUAGAACUUUCAAGACUUAUCACUAGAAGCAAGGCAAUAGACAAGUCGAGGAGCAAUUAUAAAUUGAGCGAGAAAAAUUGUAAUAACAGUUAAGACUUCAGGCUAAUGACAAUAAGGAACUUCAAAUGAAGAUAAAAAAGCUAAAUAAAGAUGUUGAGGACUUGCAGAAGUCUAAACUUGCUUAGUCAAUCAAUAAUGAAAGCACAUAGAUGGAAUACUCAAACAAUCUCAUUGAGCAGUUGCAGUAGAAGAUAGGUGAUUUGCAAAAGGAGAUGCGUCAGUAGUCGGAUAUAAUAAAGUAUCAGCAAACAAACCUAAAUGAUGUGGAGAGAGAAUUAUAAUAGUAAGUAGCAGCAAAUGAGCAGCUUAAAUAGCAGAAUGAUGCAAAUAGAAAAUCAAUUUCUAAGCAGAGAAGACCAACAUAAGAGGAAAUGUAGGUCAUGCAUGCUGUUCAAAAUCAAGAGUUGAAUAGACAGUUGGAAGAGAAGGAUCUCAUAAUAUAGACUCUCUAAGAUAGAAUAAAAUUGUUAUUGGGAAAUGCAUAGGUUUAAAUGAAUAUGUAUACUAAGGAUAUGCAUAUUCGGAAUUUCACUUACCACUAGCCUUUCUCUCCUUCACCAUAGAAAAAGAACAAUUUCAAUUCCAAUUCAAGCAAAAAGGCUAAACCCCCGAAAAAGUAAUAGACGCUGCACAUUCCUUAAAAGGCAGUUGAUGCCAACCUAGAAUAAAAGGAUGUUAUCCUUAAGGGAGUUAACUAGGCACAGAUCAUUGAGGAACUUCUUAAGAAGAAGGGUGGAAUAAACCAGAUAGGAAGUACUGAUAACCUACGAUAAUCAGAUUUGUUUAUUAAAUUGGAUUUGCUGAAUCAAGACUAUGUAGCACUUAUUAAGAAAUUCCAAGAAUUAUAAAAAGACAAUGUAUACCUCAUGAAGCUAAUUGAUGAUCUAACUAAGAAUAAUGAUUUGAUAGAUCAAGAUUUCAGACUAUUGUUUAAAUAAGUAAAUGAUCUUAAGACUACUAAACCACAAGACUCUUAAUAAAAGCCGGAUAGAUCUAAGAAGGAAACUAGCUUUUUUGUAUCAUAAGAUAUUGAAGAUAUCGAUUAACUUUUGGAAUACAUUUACAUACUAUUCGAGGAAUAACAAUAUUACCAAGCUAGUAGGCUUUGGAAUAAAGUAGACUAUAAAAACUUCUUAGCAGCCAGAUUCGCAAGAAACAUAGACUGUCUUAAGAUUGUAAUCAAACUUAAAGAUGAAUAGAUAACUGAGCUUUUGAAAUAAGGCUAUAUGUACAAGGAUCCAGGUGAAAUAAUUGGAGAGGACAAGAUAAAUGAGAUAGUUUAUAAGCAUUUCAAGGAGAGAGAUGAUAUGAUUGGAGAUCUGUAAAAAUAAAACAAAGACUUACUAGGUAAGAACCGUGAGCUCGGUGAUUAAUUAGAUAAACUACAGACUAAGAUCGAAUUGAUUGUAGGCGAAAGAGAUUUUGAAAGGAAAAAAGCGGAGAAAUCUAGGAAAGAAGUAGAUGAUUUAGCAAAAGAACUAAAGACAUAUAAAGAAGUUGUUCUUGUGGAAUUAUAAGAUAAGUAUGAGAAGGAGAUAGGUUCUCUAAUGGCUGAGAUAAGAAUGCUUAAAAAGCAAUUAGCUAAAAUGCAAAAUGAUCUGGCAUUGGCUUAGGAGAAUCCAAUAACUGAAAAAAGUGCAGAUAGUGGAGAGAUGCGAAUCGACGAGCUCGAGGACAUUUCAAACUUGCUGAAGAAUCGAAGAUCAAACAACUUUAAAGAUGAAAAUUGGGAUGAAUUGGAUGAUGAUGAAAUUGAGAAACGAUUAAGAAUGUUGUAUGCUUAGUUUUUCAGCAAUGAUUACAAGCAUAGCUAAGAUAAAAUUAGGAAUAAAAACUAGGUUUUCAAAUAGCUGUUCCAAAUCUGCUUGAAUGAUUUAUAAACUCUAAGAGAUCAUAUCAAAGCUCUUAAAAAAGAAAAUACUGAUAGUCUGAACAAGAUCAAAGAACUUAGAAAGGAUUAUGAAAGCCUGAGAAAAGAGCUUGAGUCAUCACAUAAAUACUCAGUUAAGUUGAUUAAUAGAAUGUAAAGCAUGAACAACUAGUAGGAAGAAAUCAAUAAAGAUGAUUUGCAAAAACUUAAAGUUCUUUAACUUCUUAAGUUGAUAGGAUAACUUCUGGAUGAUUUAGAUGAGAAAAACAAUAAACUCUAAGAUUUUAAGAUAAAAAGAACUGAAUCUGAUUUUGAAGCUGACAUGGAUAAACUUUCAAGAGAUGAUGCUCUCAAGCUAUUAAGAGAACUAUCUUAGGAAAAUGAAGCAUUGAUCUCAAGAUCAUAAUCUCUAAACGAUCAAAUAAUUGAGAUAAUAGGUAAAAUAAAAUAGUCCGAGGAGUAAAAUCAGAUACUCGAGAAUGAAAACGACAAAUUGAUAGAAUAAUAUAACAAAAUAGUUAAGAAGUAUAAUGAGAUGGACAAAAAAGGAUAGUUAUGUCCAUAAUGUUUGAAUAAUAAUAAUGUUAAGGAAAGUAAGCCAAGAAAAACUCCAAUUGAAAUUUAUGAAGUAGUUCAUUCCCCACCCUAAUAGCAAAUUUAGUAGGUCUAAGAACCUCCCAAGAAAUAGUUGUAGUCAAAAUUUACAGCAACUCAUCAGCCCUAGUUGUCUUAAUUUAGUUUCUCGAGAGAGAACCCUUCAAGAUUCUAAAACAUUGCACCAUAAAACCAAAAUAGAACUUAGACAUCAUUAACACCGCAGCAGAAAUCUGCUGAGUAUUUCAUUGCAAAAGAUGGCUAUUAGGAAUUUGAUUAACCCUCUGAAUUUACAGAAGCAAAGAUUCAUAAGAAAAUAGUCGCAUUAAGACACUUUAACCUUUAAAAUUUCAAUAGAACAAUGGGUCCCGAAGAAAGAGGAAGAAUUUAUUGA